AUGGCAAAGCCGGGCGUUUCCAAGAAGAGCAGACAACCCUCAAAGCACUCGAGAGCUGCGAGGCGCGCGACGGAUGUAGACAUCGACACCGACAAGUCUCUCAAGAAUGUCAAGCCCCCCUCAGAAGCGGUCGAUCGGCCGUCAGUCCUGGCCGCCAAACACAACUCGGGUGUUUCCAAGAGGACGAGCCACCGCAAGUCGCAGCUAAGCGCCAAGGCUAAGAAGAGGAACGAGAGGGCAAUGGACCGCGCCGAGGCUAUCAUGGACAGGACCGCCAACAAGGUUGAGAAGAGCAAGAAGUCGUCGCGUCUGAUCCAGGAGCGCAGCAAAGAUUGGGACAACGUCAACAAGCACAGUCUUAUCCAGAAGAAGUUUCCCGAUGAGGAGGAUCUGGACAAGGAGGAAAGGAAACAGAGGAAGCAGGUCGUCGCUGAGAAGGAAUGGGAGACAGACGAGGAGAUGGAUGGCGCUGAUGACGGAGAUGCGCCAGCCGUCGACGCUGUGCAGGCGCCACCGCCGCCGCAAAACGACGACUUCGACGAGGAGAUUCUCUAG